CAAGUUCAAGUUGACAAGACGAUUUCGAUAUAUAUAGUAUUUGUAUUUCUAAGUGAUUGGCAACCAUUCGAAUUUUGGGCACGCGCCGGUUAUAAAGCUAAUAAACAGUCUGCACCAAAACAGACUUCAUGGCUGCCUUAGUCAGUGAGUGACGGUCGCGCUGUGAGUGCGGAUCGUGUAAGCGGGUUGGAUUUGAAAAGUGAAACCUCGGCCGUUGCAAAGCUAAUCAGACAGAUUCUCGAUAGACAGUUUGUAAAAAUUCCAAAACAAAAUGCUUUUCCUCACCACCCGGGUGGAGCACACGGCCGAGCAGAUCUUCAAAAUCAAACAACUCAGGCAGCUGGUGGAGAAGUGCGACGAGCUACGAGUGGGCACGGAGGACACGCUGCUGACCAAGUUCCUGCACUAUACGCACUGGGACACUAUCAAGGCCUACCAGGCGAUCCAUGCCUACUACGAGUUCAAGAGACGUCACCCAACCUGGGUGGCUAGGCACCCCAUCGAGCAUUACCGCCAGCUCUUCUACGGCACCCACUGCCGCUAUGUGAUGCCACACGUGGAUCGCAACGGACGAGUGCUGGUGGUCUUCAAGACAGUGGACGGAUUUCAGGACUACCCAGACUACUUGCAAAGCCUUGUGGAGAUUGACGAUUUGAUCUUCGAGUCGCUGCUGCUCCUGCCGCGCGUCCAGGAGAACGGUAUAACGGUCAUCUGUGACCUACAAGGAACAACCAGGAAUUUUCUGCGACAGUUUUCGCCAUCCUUUAUGAAGGUGGUGAAUGAAAAAAACGGAGUCCUGCCCUUCAGUCAACGCAUCGUUCACAUCAUACAGCGCGGCUUCCUCAUGCACAUCACCUCCACGCUCUUUAUGCCCUUUAUGAACAAGGAGUUCAAGGAAAGGAUAUUCACCCACGACGGACGACAUCUCAGCAAGCUGCGCGAAAUGGUGGGCUACGACUGCCUGCCAGCGGAAUACGGCGGUCCUGCGGAAAAUGUUUUGGACACGAAUUUAAUCUUUAACCACUUGAGCCAAAAUGCAAAGUACUUGGAAAAGCUGCAGGAGUAUGAGAAGCUAUAAAGUAUUACAAUUUACGGUAAAAAUAUAUAAAACAGCUGGGAGAAAUAAAAAUGGAAAAUAUUAAAAAAAAA